AUCCAGCUUUACCGCGAAGCUUCUCCAUUUCCGCCAAUUGCUGCCGUCAGUGAUCUACAAUUUACGGUUACGUGACGGCUCAGUGGAUGCUGUGAUAGUAUCCUAGACUUUCAGAUUUGCAAGAUGAGCAAGUUUGGCGUUCUAGUAAUGGGACCGGCCGGGGCGGGGAAGACGACAUUCUGUUCGGCAUUGAUUCAGAACCUGAGAAAUAACAAAAGAUCAUGUUUCUACGUGAAUCUUGACCCCGCUGCCGAAGACUUUGCCUACGAGCCGGACCUGGACAUCAAAGACCUGAUUUCUCUGGAAGAUGUUAUGGAAGAAAUGGGCCUGGGUCCGAAUGGUGGCCUCAUUUACUGCUUCGAAUUCCUCCUUGAGAAUCUCGACUUCAUUACCGAACCUCUGGACCCUUUAACAGAGGAAUAUCUCAUCAUUAUCGAUAUGCCCGGACAGAUUGAGCUGUACACUCAUAUUCCAAUUCUGCCGACUCUUGUGAAGCAUUUGACUCGAACCGGAGCUCUGAACGUCAAUCUAUGCGCGGCGUAUUUACUGGAAUCAACAUUUGUCGUGGACAGAGCCAAAUACUUCGCCGGCACGCUCUCAGCAAUGAGUGCCAUGAUUAUGCUCGAGGUGCCUCAUGUGAACAUACUGAGCAAGAUGGAUCUUGUCAAGGGUACUGUAGGGAAGAGGACUUUGAAACGCUUCCUUGAUCCAGACACGAGUCUCUUAGACGACGAUCCUGAACAGACAGUAACCGGUCUUGGCGAUGAUACUGUCGAAGAAGGAGACCCUUCCAGUAAGGGCGCCAUGAUGGGCGGGGCAUCUUUCAAGCGCCUUAAUCGUGCAGUUGCUCAGCUCAUUGACGACUUCAGCAUGGUGUCGUUCUUGCAGUUAGAUGCGCAAGACGAAGAUAGUGUCGGAGCAAUCCUCAGCUACAUUGAUGAUGCAAUUCAAUUCCAUGAAGCUCAGGAACCGCGGGAGCCCGAUGAUGAAGUCGAUCUUUACGGGGAUGAUGAUGAUGCAGAGUAAACCCGCGAGAAUGCUUGCUGACCCACUUUAGGGGCCUGGUGGCCUGGCAUUCCAGAUGAUGGCAUUGAUUUCAUCUUUCUUUUUCAAACACUCCAUUUGAAAAUAGGCAUAGCGGCGGCGUUCGGGGCAAAGGAAUAUCCGUUAAAACAUUAGAAUAGCGAAUCUUUUGGGCCAGAUGAUUGCUCGUCAGCCUUCCUCACUAAGCAUAAUCAACAUCGGUCUUG